UCACACACUGCCAUAAACUUUCCAUCAAAAGACAAAAAAAAUGCUAUCCAAGAUUUUAUUAGCUCUUUUUUCUCUCAUCAACUUAGCCCUAAUCCUUCCCUCAACUGGCCAAAACACACCACAGGACUUCCUCAACGCCCAUAAUGCAGCUCGUAGAGCCGUAGGUGCCGGACUCCCAGCGAUGUCAUGGGACAACAACCUCGCUGCAUAUGCUCGAAAUUAUGCGAAUCAACGCAUCAAUGACUGCGCACUUGAACAUUCCAGCGGGCCAUACGGUGAGAAUAUAGCAUGGGGACGCCCCGACCUUCUAGGCACUGCCGCCGUGAAGCUGUGGGUUGAUGAAAAGGCUUUCUAUAACUAUAACGCGAACUCUUGUGCACCGGGCGAGCAGUGCGGUCAUUACACUCAAGUGGUUUGGCGUAAUUCGGUUCGACUAGGGUGCGCUAGGGUGAAAUGCACAAAUGGUGCUGGAACUUUCAUCACUUGUAACUAUGAUCCUCCCGGCAACUUUAUUGGAGAGAGACCUUAUAAUAAUGAUCAAUCGGCUGAUAUUUAGUUUUGUAUUGUCUAUAUAUGAAUAAGCCAUUAAAAUAUUGAGGUUUCAAUAUAGAAAUUCUCAAGUUUUAAUUGGAGGAUUAUGGAAAGAUUAAGAAGAAUUAAUUAAUAAUAUGUAUUGUGUCUUUGUUAUUUAUAAAUGCACAUUAAUAAAAGUUUUUUUUUUU